CAGUUUCACUGCACACCCCUACACCAGAAACCUUCCAAAAUGAGUGACGACAAUCCAGUCAAAGAGGAGGUGCAGCAGUUUAACAAGAAAAGUCUAAGGAAGACUAGCACAAAUGAAAAGAACCAUCUUCCAACCAAGGAGGAAAUUGAAGAGGAGAAGAAAGCCAAUAAGGAAGGGAAAUGAUUGGAACACACCUGGCACUGCAUUGUAAUCAAUACCAUAAGUUUGCCUGUAAAUGGUGCCAACCAGGAAAUGUUCCAAAAAACAACACAUAAGAUGAUAUUUUUGUUUUAAUAAAAUCAAUGUUUCAAAAAUG